AGCCGUGAGCGCGCGUCCUUCUGAUUCACGAUUGAAGAUUGAAACUUGAAGAAGUUUCAGAACACAAAGCAAGCCGAAGGACGUGUUUAAAGACAGACCUAACAAAGUGAAAGUACACAGGACAGAUGGAGGUGUGUGCAGAAGCGAAGCGGGUCAUGGUGCAGGCUCUGAGUAAAAUAUACAGCUACCGAAACCAGCGCGGAGGAAUUCCGCUCCACCGGAGUCUCCUGCUGACACUGGUGAUGAGAUCCGCCAGGGACACGUAUCACUCUGUACGGGUACAGAGCCACGGGCCGGACACCACCGGGCAGAGUGACAGCUCUGUACACACCACCGGACAGAGUGACAGCUCUGUACACACCACCGGACAGAGUGACAGCUCUGUACACACCACCGGACAGAGUGACAGCUCUGUACACACCACCGGACAGAGUGACAGCUCUGUACACACCACCGGACAGAGUGACAGCUCUGUACACACCACCGGGCAGAGUGACAGCUCUGUACACACCACCGGACAGAGUGACAGUUCUGUAUAUCACACACAGAGACAGGAGCUCAUGGACACCACCGAGGUGUCUGACCCCCCGCUUACACUCCAGGGCGGUGAGAGGACAUUAACGCAGGACAACACCGUAGAUAAAGAGAACUGUAACAGCACCCGCCAUCAUCCACAAUCACGGAAACGGAAAGGGAAAAGCGCCACAGAACCUGACUUCCUGCCGUACAAAAAGGCGAGAUUGGAUACAACGGGGCUCCGACGAGUUCUUCAUGACUCUACGACAAGGAGUAACACCGGGAACUGCGCUCGGGAGACGGGCCAUAUGACAGAUACACACAUCCCCAGGACUAUAGUGACAUUCUGAGCAGUCUGUGUGUGUGUGUGUGUGUGUGUGUGUGUGUGUGUGUGUGUGUGUGUGUGUGUGUAGCCGGAGCGCACAGUUCCCGGUCUCACCGAGUAAAAAGCGCGCACAGCCGCUGUGAAAUUACUGUCAAAUCUAGACAUUAUUCUGGAUUUCUGGCCCAAACGCGAUCCUGAGACUAUCAUAAUAUCUGUGGUGUGGUCAGAGGUGGAUGGAUGACGUCACGAGGUGACAGAUGAUUCAUCACGCAUACGGAUGUGUUAGAAACGGUGACAGAGAUGAUGAGUCAGGGCUCUUCAUCAUCUCAUUAUCACCAACAUGACCCAAAGUUUCCUGGAUACAAGCCAGUGUGUGUGUGUGUGUGUGUGUGUGUGUGUGUGUGAAUCUUGUACAUUGUGAAGCUGGAUUAUUUAUUAUAUAUAAAUGACUUUGUUAUGUUUUACCACUCUGUUCAUCACAGUUGUAUGAUCUUUAAUCUCAAGGACAAAGGACAAACGUGUUAAGCUGCUAACUGUGACCAGUCCACAUGGUCUCUACCUCACUUUUGUAUAAUAAAAUGUUUUUAUAUAAUGUUU